AUGACCGAGCGAGUAGAUCAGCAAAUCUGCAUCAAGUUUUGUUACAAACUUGAACAUUCGUCCGCGGAAACUAUUCGAAUGAUUAAGAAGGCUUUCGGGGAUGAUUCAAUGAUUGAAGCCCAGAUAAAAUUGUGGUACAAACGCUUCAAAGAUGGCCGAGAAUCCGUUGAAAGUGAUCCACGUUCUGGAAGGCCUUCAACAAGCAGAACACCCGAAAAUGUUGAACGUGUGCAGGUUGCAAUCAAUGAAAAUCGGCGAUUGACAGUGCGAGAAUUAGAAGAUGAUCUAGGGAUUCCAGGGACGAUUGUUUCAGAGUUUUUGACGCAGGAUCUUGGCAUGAAACGCGUGGCGGCAAAAUUCGUUCCGCGGCUCCUGUCACAAGAGCAGAAGGAAUUUCAUGCAGAGGUUGCAAAGGACUUGCUUCAAACCACUAACAAUGACCGACAUUUCCUCAAACAGGUCAUAACCGGAGAUGAGUCGUGGGUCUACGACUAUGACCCUGAAACAAAAGCCCAGUCGUCCCAAUGGAAGUCGCCUGCAUCUCCACGUCCGAAGUAG